GAGUUUGUGUUUGUGCGAGCGGAACUGUACUGUGACUCAUUUGUUCUCACGUUACUCAUACCAAAAUGACUGUUCAUCUGAGGAGUGGAGCAGUCAGACGAACCAGUUGUGGUUUGUAGCGAAGUAUUAUCAGAGUGAGAUUCUGUUCAACCCUCACAGUUAGUCGUCAACAUGGACUGAUUUGAACCGAUCGUUGACGAUUAGGAAGAAACAGGGAGAAAAACCACACUGGAGACUCAUAUUCCAGCAACUACAUGUGACCUGCUAUGUCUAACUCGGAUCAAAUAUCAUCAAAGCUUCCAGGUUUUUAGUCCAGCCACUUCUGAGAUUGAACUGCUGCUCUACUGAUUCGCUUCUCUCUCUCUCUCACACACGAUCCCCCCCCCUCCUCAACCAAUAUUCCACCUCUCUCUUGGAUUCUUAUUAUUGGCAACAACAACAACAACAAUUGAAAUUAUAGCAUCAAUCACAACCCCAGCCAACAGCUCACACACAAACAUAACGUUAUCAACCCCCCAUCCCCACCACCUCCCACCAAGGGUCACACUGCAUUAAAAAGGAUCAACUGAUGAUAUGAAGGAUGUCUAGUAAAGAAAUUGAUAUCAAAGUGGUGCUGUUAGGGACAGCCAUGGUUGGAAAGACCAGUUUAGUAGACAGAUAUCUACAUGAGAGAUAUCUUGGAGACACAGUUCCUUACCAAAAUACAAUUGGUGGUGCUUUUGGCCAGAAGACACUAGAAGUCUGUGGGAAACUCAUUCGUUUAGGGAUCUGGGACACAGCUGGUAGUGAAAGAUAUGCAUCACUAAGUCGCAUCUACUACCGAGAUGCUGGAGCAGCGAUUGUGUGUUAUGAUUUGUCAGAUAAAAAUACAUUGGAACGAGCCAAGUUUUGGAUUGAGGAACUGAAGAAUAAUGAAUCGGACUGCAGGCUGUAUUUGUGUGGUACCAAAAAGGACCUUCUUCAAACACAACCUUGUCCCCAAAAGGUCCAGCGAGGAGAUGCAGAAGCUCUAGGGGACAAUUUCUCUGCUGAAGUGUUUGAAACAUCAAGUAAAACCGGAGAAAAUAUUAAGGAAUUAUUUCUGAGAAUCGCUGAAGAUUACAUCCAAUUGUGGAAGAAGAAUAAAACAAUAGCUUUGUCACGAGGAGCUGAAUACGGUAACAGUGAUGAUGACUCAAGUGAUUCUACCCACUCUAUCAGAUUAAACAACUACCAUUUGCAGGAUAAAGAAAAAUACAAGUGUUGCUUGACCUCUUGACCUCACAAUAUUCACCACCUGACCACUGGCUAUUCCAGCUGAACAAUGGCUAUUACCUUGGACAACCAACCGUCUUGCAUUUUUCUGUUAACCGUUCCUAUACUUUGAGGGGUAGACUCACCCACAGUAACACCACCUCCAGGCCGUUGGGUGCCUUGGACAGAGUCCACUCUGUCGUAAAUAUUCGGGCCAGUUGCCAAUAACUCCUUGCCCCAGUCUCUGGGACCAUCAAAACAGUCGUGGCCCCUACACUUCUUUCUCUUCUCACGUUCAAGCAAAAAAAAAAACAAAAAAAAUACAACUCCUUUAUUUCUUUCUGACAUUUUGUAAAGAGAAUUUUACCAAUCAAUAUUUUGACUGUGAUUACGUGAUAUAUUGAUUAACUUUGGUCAAACAGGGCAGGGGAGGGGUUGGUUACAAGAUGUAACAGUUGUGAUUGUAAGACAACUGUUGAAAUAAUUCUCUUAUUGGUUUCAGUCAUCCAGUUGUGGCCAUACUAGGGCACUGAUAUACCCAAAACAUUGAGCUAAUAAUUUACAUCAUCCUGUCAGUUGAACCAAGGACGUUGGUCAGGUAUUUGACCAGUGGUCACUAUCAGUUUGGUCUGGGGUUUAAUGCAUUGUGGGAAGGUGAAUUGAUCGUUUUUGUGAUACAAUGGGCAACACCAGAGUCACUAAUGACUGCAGCACAUAUGAUAAAUUAUCGUGUGUGUCUGUGGAAGAGGCUAAUGACUUGCAGGUUACUGAUAAAUUAUGAUGUAUGUGCAUAUACACAUUUAGAUAUGUAUAUCUGUGUGUAUAUUUAUGUGUAUGUAUGUGUGACUAUAAAAAUUUGUCCAAGUGUUGUUUGAUAAACAUUUUAUGAAACAAUUGCAAACAGAUCCACUCAAAUAUCAAUUAAGCAAUAAUUGACAAAACUUUAAUUAACUCACAAACUGAUCAUAAUUAAGUUUAUUACUAAAUAGACUAAUUACAAUCUGAGUAACUUCUUUAAAGACACAUGUAAUCUGAAAUGUUUAAAUUAAUAUUUUGUGGAUGGAAUUUGAUGGAAGAAAAGGUGUGUGUGACAGUAUGGUGGUAUUGAGGUGAUGUCUGAAGUUAUUUUCCUUCAUUUCAAAUGCUAAAUCAAAUUCAUUAAAGAUUAAUAAAAUAUGGAUUUGACUGAAAUAAUGUCGUGGAGUGAAUAUCAUUGACUAAUAAAAAACCCUUAAAGGCAUUGCCCCAGUGUAGCCACAGUCCAUUGAUUGAAACCAGUAAAAAUAUAAAUCUCUAUAAUUUCUGAUUAAUAAAAACUUUGAAUACUUGAAA